GUGGUGAACAGCCAGAGCCAGGAUGGGGUUCAACCCUCCGGUGCCGCAGCGGGACAGCAACUGGGAGAUACGCGUCGCCGUCCUCCUCAGCCUAGUGUUCCAGGUCGUCCUCAUCUUUGCCGGCCCGCUCAGGAAGCGCUCCUCCUCCGCCUUCAUCCGCUUCGUCAUCUGGUCCUGCUACCUCCUCGCGGACUGGGUUGCGGACCUCGCCCUUGGCCUCCUUCUGAACAAUAUGGGGAACAUCGGCGGUGGUGGCGGCGGAAGUGGCAGCAUCGGCGACAUGGCUAUUCCUUCCACCGCAGCACUCAGGCAUGCGCCGUGUGGCGGCGCGGCCAUCUCAGGAAGCUUUGGCACAGGUGGAGGGGGCAGUCCCAUCAUCUUUGCUUUCUGGGCGCCGUUCCUGCUGCUCCAUCUGGGCGGGCCGGACACGAUCACUGCCUACUCACUCGCCGACAAUGAGCUCUGGCUGCGCCACCUCAUCGGCCUCCUAUUCGAGCUCUCUGCAGCGGCGGUGGUCUUCCUCUGCUCCCUGCAGGGCAACCCGAUGAUCGCGACGACCGCCCUCAUGUUCAUCGCCGGCAUCAUCAAGUACGGAGAGCGCACAUACUCUCUGUACUCCGGGAGCACCGCAGGGUUCCCCGUAUCCAUCCUCGGCGAGCCUGAAGUCCGUUCAACCAACAUCCCCAAGCUAAUGCAGGCGUACUCCUCCAGGGUGAGAGCCGGGCUGGUCGUGGACAUCAUCACCAUCGGUGACAGAGAGGCCUACGGGCACGUGGACUAUGGAGAUGGCGCGGCCCUCAGCAGGCUCGAGUACGAGGGAGCGGACGAGGUGAGGGCGUACGACCUGUUCGUCAAGUUCCGGUCUCUCUUCGUGAACGGCGUCAUCAGCACGAAGAAUCAGAGGGUGAGCGAGGCCUUCUACCUGGAGCUCGGCAGGCGGGACCCCAUGAAGGCCUUCCACAUCCUUGAGCUGGAGCUCAACUACACGUACGACAUGCUCUACACCAAGAUGCCGGUGCUCAGCACCACGGCUGGCUACGUGCUCCGCUUCGUCGGCUAAAGUUGCGUCAUAUCCAGCCUCCUCAUCUUCGCAGCCCACGACAAGGCUGGCCUCCGGCCGGUUGACGUCGGCAUCACCUACGCGCUGCUCGUCGCCGCCGUGGCACUAGAGGCAGCCGCGCUUGUCAUGCUCCUCUUCUCCGACUGGACACUCGUCUUCAUCCACCAAUCCAAGGGCUCCUGGUUGGCGAGCGCCAUCCAGAAGGCCAUGCGGUGCUGCAGGCGGACGCCCCAGCGGUCAUCGUGGUCGGGGACGGUCUGGCAGAUGAACCUCAUCGACCACUC